AUGAACUUUCGCAGCAUCGUAGCAAAGGGCAUCGAAGAUCUUCCCGCCGGCCUCAAACUUCAGGCCAUGUUCAACGUCUGCGUGGCCAGCGUAUUAGAUGAGUCCUCCAAGCGCAUGCUCACUGAGUUCAUGAAAGAGCGCAAGAUUCCGUGGCCAGACGAUCCGAUCCCAGAAACCAAUCCGCUUGGCGUUGUUCUCGACCUCGCUUACAACUGGGCAGUGGAUCUUUGGUUUGAUGUACAACCACUGCACAGACCGAAGGGAACUACCGGACUUUCAAUAGCUCCUGGUAGUCUCGUCAACCUAUGGGGUAGCUACUUUAGAGAUGCCGUUCCGAGGGAUCGCUACGUAGAAUACUGGAACAGCUUUUACGUGGCAUUUGUAUCGCCCGACGAACAAAGGGAACGCGCAGCGAGUGAGAUUACUAGAAUCGCCGACAUCGAGUCUGACAUCGUCGCCAAGCUAUCCAAUGCGUUUGAACGGCGGGGGAAGGUGCCUGCCAGGUUUAAGGUUGCUGACAUCGAGAAACAUGCCGACAGCUUUUCGUCAGGUGAGUGGACAACAGUGCUCGAGGCCAACGUCCGUUUGCAUGAAGGAAUGUUGAAGCCUUCGGACUACGUGACUUUCAGUGACAUUGCCCUCCUCAGAGCGACGAACCAGUUCUUCUCCAAGUACAGCAGAACAGACCUGCUGCGGCACCUGUCCUGGUUCUUCAUCCAGAUAUUCGCUCCGUUUGGAGGCGUAGGACCUAGCCUGGCCGACUCGGGAGACGAUAGUCGUGCAGUCAUGCGCCGGCUCGUGUUCUGCGUCACCCAAGCGGAGGCGGCUUACCGCGUGCUCGUGGCGUCGCUCUACGUGCAGCCGCGGUUCGCCGCCGAGGAGAGGCUGGCAGUUGAGGCUCACUUCGACAGGGUGAGGCAGGUGACCAUGGAGAAGAUCGCCAAUCUGUCGUGGGGCGACAACCUGUCCAAGUACAUGUGCACCGUGAAGCUACAGGAGCUAAAGACGCUUCUCUGGCCGCCCGUAGAACUGCUGGCUGCGAACGGCCUUUCGGAUCUGUACGCCGACUUCGCGUCCAACAAGAGCACCCCGUUUGACUUUUGGCACGACGCCCACGAAAACUUGCGUGCAUUGCGCGACAAGCCCCACUACGAAAUGCCGCUGACUAAGCUUCCCGUCGGCUCCGUUCCGCCUCUGGUUCGGUACGACUACAUACGAAACACAGUCGGUGUGUCCGCAGCAGCCCUGUCGCCGCCGCUGUACGCCUCACGCGGCACCCCGGCGAUGAUGUACGGAGGCCUCAUGUUCUCGUAUGCGCGUGAGUUGGUGCGGGUCCUGGACAGCACUGGCCUGAAGAUUGACCCACAGGGCGACGUGGUGCCUUCAUGGGCGUCCUCCAGCUGGCAGGAAGGCGCCUCUAGGGCCAGCUCUUGUCUGGCUCCCGGCUUUUCGUCGCCGUUCCCGGAGAUCCCGACGCUCGAAGUGGCUUACGCAGCCUUCGAACGAGCCUUAAGCAGCGCCGCCAACGGCGGGAGCCCGUGGCGCACUACAGACGCGUUAAGCGAACAAAGGGUGUUCUUCAUAACCGCCUGCUUCACGCUGUGCAGCCAGAACCGCACAGCGGCCUUCCUGCGUGGGGACUGCAACAAGGCUUUCGCACACUUCCCCAAGUUCGCGGAGGUGUUCGCCUGUGUGCCAGGUUCGGCUAUGAAUCCGCCUAAAAAGUGCCCCUUCUUUAACUGA